AUGGUAAUCCUGCAAAAGACAAUGGAGUAUCUUUUAAACUUGUUGGAUCAAUCCUAUGAUGAUCGAUUUCUUGGUUUAUACAACUUUUUAUGGGAUAGAAUGAGGGCAAGGGAUUUUUUUAUAUCAAUUGCAUCUCAAAUGUCAAGGCCAAAUCUAGGUUCAGAUGAACGAGUUGUUCAGUUACCUGUUCAGGUAAAGUUGAUGGAAGAAAGGAAUAUGAAGCCACUUGAUUUAAAUCUUGCAGCAUUAUCAGCAAGAUGCAGUAAAGACUUGGAGUUGAAUUUGGCUAAGUCAUUAUUGUGUGAGAUGGGCCAAUGUACAACUGCUUAUCCAUAUAAUCAGUUGUUUGGAGCAUUAGUCUCUAAGAAUUAUGAAAUGCAAGAAGCAAAUUUACUUAGUUGGAAUUUGAUGUACAUAGUAGAUUAG